GUGUCGACCACGUGACCCGACAAGUCAAGCUUACAACAACACGGCUCGAAAAGUUCCUUUUCAAGUGAAGUUCUGCCUGUGGCAUCUCAUCGCGUUACACGUAACUCAUAAAAUAACGCAAAGAUGUCUGGAGGUCUAGAGGUACUUAGCCUCAAAGAGGACGAUGUUACCAAGAUGUUGGCCGCUGGCUCUCACCUUGGUACGUCCAAUGUCGAUUUCCAAAUGGAACAAUACAUUUAUAAACGUCGUUCUGAUGGUGUCCAUAUCAUCAACUUGCGUAGGACCUGGGAGAAGCUUCUGUUGGCUGCUCGUGCCAUCGUCGCUAUCGAACACCCCUCCGAGGUGUUCGUCAUCUCUUCCCGUCCUUACGGACAGCGUGCCGUGUUGAAGUUCGCCGCUCACACCGGUGCCACCCCAAUUGCUGGAAGAUUCACUCCUGGUGCCUUCACCAAUCAGAUCCAAGCUGCUUUCCGUGAGCCUAGGCUUUUGAUUGUAACUGACCCCAGUUUUGAUCACCAGCCCAUCACUGAAGCCUCAUACGUCAACAUUCCAGUAAUUGCUCUCUGCAACACUGACUCUCCUUUGAGAUUCGUUGACAUCGCAAUUCCCGGCAACAACAAAUCGUCCCACAGCAUUGGUUUGUUGUGGUGGCUUUUGGCCAGAGAAGUCCUGCGUUUGCGCGGAACUAUCCCACGUGAGACCAAGUGGGACGUAGUAGUAGACUUGUUCUUCUACCGCGAACCAGAGGAGGCCGAAAAGGAGGAACAGGCCGCCAAAGAGGCUGUGGUUGUAAAGGCUGAGGUACCAGUCCACGAUGUCGCUGAACAAGAAUGGACCGCUGACAUGACCGAGUACAGCACUGAACCUGUAGCAGCCGUUGCCCCAGUCGUUGGACAACCCGCCGCUUUCACCGACAGCGGCUCUACCGAUUGGGCUUCCGAUGUACCCGGGGAAUGGAACCCUACCGCCCAGCCUGCCGCCAACAACUGGGCUAACACCCAAGAGUGGAGCACUUAAGUGACCGCUUUUAUAAAUUGACUUGUGCAUUUUUGUACAAUAAAAUUUAAUAUAAGAUCA